CAUAGACGGUGUCAAGUAACAGGUUGUUAGGACUCACAAGGACGUGGAGCAUGUAAGGAUGCCCAACCUAACGCUUCCUCCUUACUUUAACCUCACAAUAUUCAUAAACAUCGGCCCGUACCGCUACCCUGCGCUGGCGGCAUGCCUCCUCCUCUACGUCUUCAUCGUGUGCGCCAACUGUGCCGUCCUGGUGACCAUCUGUCGCGAGAAGACCCUUCACGAGCCCAUGUACAUUUUUGUGGCCAGCUUGUCAAUCAACGCCGUCUACGGGUCUACGGGCUUCUUCCCCCGGUUCCUGCUGGACCUGGCAUCCGAUGUUCACCUGAUCUCCCGCGUGGCCUGCUACGCGCAGAUCUACUUCAUCUACACGUACGGUGCCAACGAAAUGACCACGCUGUGCGUCAUGGCCUACGAUCGCUACCUGGCCGUGUGCCAUCCGCUGCACUACCACACCAGGAUGACGGUGAAAAAGGCCCUGAGGAUGGUUGGCUUGGCGUGGCUCAUCCCCGUAUUCAUCUUAACCACGGCAAUCUGUCUGUCCGCAACGGUGCCCCUUUGCGGCAACGAGAUCCACAAGGUGUUUUGUGCUAACUGGAAUGUAGUUGAGCUCUCUUGCGUGUCCACGAUGGUCAGCAACGUGGUGGGCUUGCUAGUGACAAUUUGUACCAUUUUCCUCCCGCUGGCCUUCGUUCUCUACACAUACACGCGCAUUAUUGAGAGCACCUGGAGACGCUCUGCAAAAUUCAAGGGCAGAGUUUUCCACAGCUGUUUGCCACACAUGAUCUCCUUUGUCAUUUUUUCCAUCGCCAUAUUUUGCGAUAUAUCCUUGAGCAGGUACAAUGUGGAGGAGAUGAAUUCCUUCCUUGCCAUCAUUUUGUCUUUAGAGUUUGUGAUGAUUCCGCCAGUUCUCAACCCCCUGGUGUACGGGAUGAAGCUAUCAGAUAUACGUAGACAUAUCUUCAAGAUGCUGUGA